GCAGCCUAGAGGAGAGCCGAGCUGUCGAACAUAGACUAGGCCACAGAGAACGGAAGUGGAGACGCAGCCGGAAGUAGCAGGAAUCUCAGAAGGCAGGUCUUUGACGGGAUUCUGAGGUGCAGAGGAGGUGGUCGCCAUGGAGUUGGGCGAGCUACUCUACAACAAGUCGGAGUACAUCGAGACGGCAUCUGGGAAUAAAGUUAGUCGCCAGUCAGUGUUGUGUGGAAGUCAGAACAUUGUUCUCAACGGCAAGACUAUUGUAAUGAAUGACUGUAUAAUCCGAGGGGAUCUGGCCAAUGUAAGAGUUGGACGCCAUUGUGUUGUGAAGAGUCGUAGUGUUAUAAGACCACCAUUCAAGAAAUUCAGCAAAGGUGUUGCAUUUUUUCCUUUACAUAUUGGGGACCAUGUUUUUAUUGAGGAAGAUUGUGUGGUCAAUGCUGCUCAGAUUGGUUCUUACGUUCACGUUGGCAAGAACUGUGUGAUUGGGCGCCGAUGUGUACUGAAAGAUUGUUGCAAAAUUCUUGACAAUACAGUAUUACCUCCAGAAACUGUGGUACCACCAUUCACUGUCUUCUCAGGCUGCCCAGGACUCUUCUCAGGGGAGCUCCCUGAGUGUACUCAGGAACUGAUGAUCGACGUCACCAAGAGCUACUACCAGAAGUUUCUGCCUCUGACACAAGUGUAGUGAGACUGCUACAAGUCCUGAAUUUGCUUGAGCUCUAAGCUGAACUUGGGGACAGUGUGAGUGGUUAACAUCUAAGAGUUCUUGUAUGUUUGACAAUUUCCAACUUCCUUUCCUUUUUAAUUUAGAAUUUUUCAAUCCUUGAAGGCUCUAAGCUCUUAAGAAUUUAAGAGAAUGCAUGGAGAAGUUACUUCACGUGCUAUGCUUACAUCUUAUCUAUUAACAGUCAUGUUGUACCACUAUCUGUUCCCAGCACUCCAGCCCCUGGUCCCACAGAUGGCAGGAGCUUGUCUGAAAUGGGCCUGCUGAGCAGCAGCAUUUGCCCAGGAUGGAAGUUAUGUGGCUGGUGUACAGCUUAGAGCAAUGCAGCACCCCCACUGUGCACCCCCUUACACAGAUAGCUCCCAGCUUUCCUCCUGCGGCUGACACAUUUGUCAGUGGCCACAAUUGCAAUAAAUUGCAGUUGCUCAUAAUUCUUGAGAAAGUUGUUUGUGACUUCAGAGUCCAAAUUUCUAUGGCUACUAAAACUGAAAGGAGGAUAGUUAGUGUAUUUCAUCUUCCCAGAAUGACCUUAGCUGUUCUAAGGUGGUUAAUAAAGGAUUUUCUAGUACUCUUUUUUAAGACUUUUGACUUCACUAAAAGAUGAGACCGCAUCUUAGAUUUUGCAUAUGCAAAGUUCCAGGUUGCAGUCUCCCCUGUGACUCUUACUAGUCAGCCGGUCACUUCUUUUUUUCUUCUUCUUCUUUUUUUUGUCUUUUUCCUUUUUAUUGGUACCGGGGAUUGAACUCACGACUGCCUGCUUUCAAGGCAAGCGCUUAUGCCGCUGAGCUAAACCCCCAGCCCCAGCCAGUCACUUCUUGCCCAAGGUAUUUGUCUUAUGUCACUAAAGGUGAAGCAUUUGUGACCACAUACUUUCCAGUCUGGAACCACUGAACCCAUUCUGAGUUUGCCAGGAUCCCAAAGUGCAGACAAAAAUAUCUAUACUUGAGUCUAAUCAUAUAGAUGCAUGAGGGACUCUUAAAAUUGUCUUGUAGGCACUGAGGUCAAAGAAUAAGUGACUUUUCCAGGGUUUUUUCCUCUGGCUGACAGCACAAAUUAGCUCUUUCUGGUUCUCACUGACCUCUCAUUUUAAGAGGAAGAUUGAGAAGUGAGAGGCUGAGAGGAUUGCCCUCCUUUGUGCUGUGAUCUACUGUAAGUGAGUAAAGCAGAAGUUUAGCCUUGAAUGGUGGAACCAAGCUGGAGCCAUCUUGACUUAAUAUGCAGGUGUGGGAUGUGCAGAAACAGCUGUGUGUAAUGAUUUGUACUCAUUUAGUUUAAAACUCCCCUCUGGUGUGUCAUUUUUUCAUGUUUGUAAAUUAAAAAAUUGACACAUGAAA